CCUCCAAAGACCAAACAUUCAAUGUUCAUACUGGCCUGCACUGGUCGGGGAGCAAGACGACAGACAGGCCAUGACUGCUACCGAGUUGAGCAAUUGGAUGCCACGACAGGUAACGCUCGUGAUGUCCGACAUACUACUUGGUACCUAAUCAAGCAUUCAAGCCCCGUAGGAUGGGCCCCGAGACACCGUGGGAGUAUGGCCGCCAUUCGUAUCUCGCAUCGCUGGGUGCGAGACGGGGUUCGUCCCUUGGACCCUUCCGCACCAACAUGUCUAGCGUCAACCCGCCUCCCUGCUAGUGCCGCCUCAAGGAUGGCUAACUAUGGCGUCCUGGUAGGUGCCAUAUAAGCCUCCUGAAGUUCACGGUCACCUGCGUCUUCGACUUUGUGCAUAUGUCGGCCACGCUUAACCGGCCACUUCUUCCUCUUCAUUGCGCAUCGAAACAUGGUCCAGAGAUAGAUUGCUGAGCCUCAACAUGGCCACCGCGACCGGCCAGGCGACCGAUGGGUCGGCCGACAAGACAUCACCGUCGACGGCAACUGAGAGCGAUAGCCCAUCGCCACUGGCGCCCCAGGGCGACCACGAUGCCCCUCCAGCAGAGGCCAAGGCUCGCCCCGAGCGGACCGCCUCUUUCAACGACUACCUCCGUGUCUUUCGCUAUGCGAACAAAUGGGACUUUGUCGCCUAUGCCGCCGGCUCCCUGGCGUCUAUAGGCGCAGGCAUCACGCUACCCCUGAUGAAUGUAGUCUUCGGCAGGUUUGUGGGUGACUUCACGGCCUUUGACUCAAGUGGCUCCAACUCCGUACAAGACCAGUUCCGAAGCAACCUCAGCCGUCUAUCCUUGUACAUGUUUGGUUUGUUCCUGGGUCGGCUGGUGCUCAACUAUAUUAACAAGCUUUGUUUUCGCAUGAUUGGGAUUCGGCUAUCUUCCGCCAUUCGCUUGCAUUAUCUUCAACGACUUUUCGCACAAAGCAUCCAUGUCCUGGACUCCAUGCCACCUGGCUACGCGACCAGUACCAUCACAACAACAAGCAACACUCUUCAACUGGGCAUCUCAGAGAAACUUGGUGUGUUCGUUGAGUUUAUGUCAACCAUUAUAGCCGCCAUCGUCAUUGCCUUUACCUACAGCUGGUCCUUGACCUUGGUCACGUCCGCGUCGAUUCUCUUCAUACUCAUCACUGUUAGCAUAUUGCUGCCUCUGAUCGUGAAGUCCCAUGGGCGAAUGACAAAGUCCGAGGCCAAAGCCUCCGCUGUCGCGAGCGAGAGCAUGGAUAGCAUUCGAAUGAUUGUGGCUUGUGGCGCAGAGUCACGCAUUGCCCAAAAAUACGCCACUUUCGUCGAAGAAACCAAGAAGCACGCCCGCUUCAUGAGCCCAUUUGUGGCUCUUCAGUUUGGUCUCAUUUUCUUUUCUGUUUUUUCUGCUUUUGCUCUCGCCUUUUGGUAUGGCACUAAAUCCCUGCUGGAAGGCAGAUUAGACAAUGUCGGUACAAUUGUCGUCGUUUUGCUCUCCGUGAUGAUGGUAGUCUUCUCUCUAGAGCGCACCUCGAACCCUAUGCUGGCUGUUGGAAAGGCCACUGUGGCUGCUUGCCAAUUUUUCACUGUCAUUGAUGCUCCUUUACCCAACAAGGGCCACUUGAAAGACCCCGACGUGUCAGCCACGGACGACAUCAAGUUCGAAAACGUCACAUUCGCCUAUCCAAGCCGACCCCAUGUAAAAAUUCUGGACAGCCUGGACCUUACGAUCGAGUCAGGAAAGCUUACAGCGAUUGUUGGCCCCUCUGGUUCUGGAAAGAGCACCAUAGUCGGGCUGAUAGAGCGAUGGUACACUCUGAAGGAGCAAUAUACAAUCGAAAAAGCUGUCGAACAGAAGAAAAAGAAAAAGAAGAAAUCGAAGAAGGGUGAACAAGAAGAGGAGGAGGAAGAUGAUGAUGAGGAGCCCGGUGAGGUCAAUCCCGAGGAAACAGGCCCUCCGAUCCAGUUGAGCGGAAGAGUUCUCACUUCUGGCCACUCCAUCGACGAGAUUGAACUCAAGUGGUGGCGAUCGCAGAUCGGCCUUGUCCAACAGGAGCCAUUUCUCUUCAACGACACCAUCUUCACCAACGUGGCAAACGGUCUAAUAGGCUCUCAGUGGGAGAAGGAGCCAGAGGAACGAAAACGGGAGCUUGUCAGAGAAGCCUGCAAAGAGGCUUUUGCCGACGAAUUCAUCGACAAGCUGCCAGAUGGCUACAACACAAUUGUGGGAGAUGGAGGUGCCAAAUUAUCUGGUGGCCAGCGCCAACGAAUUGCUAUUGCUCGAUCGAUUGUGCGCAAGCCAAAGAUUCUCAUUCUCGAUGAGGCUACGAGCGCAAUAGAUGUCCGCGGCGAGCGCAUAGUACAAGCUGCUCUGGAUCGAGUUGCCCAGAACCGAACCACGAUCACCAUCGCCCACCGUCUAUCGACAAUCAAGAAGGCUGAUCGCAUUGUGGUGCUGAAGAAGGGCCAGGUCGUCGAAACCGGUACCCAUCAGAGCCUCAUGAGCAAGGAUGGCGGAGUAUACGCUGCCCUUGUCAAUGCCCAGGCCCUGUCUCUCGGCGGCCCAACCGAGGCGGGCGAGGAGCAUGCCGGCACUGAUGGCGACAAAGCCUCGCUCGAGCGCAAGAGGAGUCGCGCCAAGUCGGAGAACCAGGAGGCUCGCCCCGAUGAGAAGGAAAAGAACCGAAACAUUUUCACAAGCUUCGGCCGCUUCUUCUACGAGUCGAACCAGUAUUGGUGGCUCAUGGCGAUCACCAUCUUCUUCUCCGCGUGCGCUGGAGCGGCGAUCCCGCUCCAGGCAUGGCUCUUUGCCCAGAUCGUUGUCGUCUUCUCACCAACCGAAACCGACAUGCAGGGCAAGAGCGAGUUCUGGUCGCUCAUGUGGCUCGUGCUCGCCAUUGGCACUGGCCUGGCCUACUUUGGAUGCUUUCUGGCCUCCACGCAGGUGGCUGCCAUUAUCCGCGCCAAAUAUCAGAAGCAGUAUUUUGAGGCUGUUCUUCACCAGAAGACGUCCUUCUUCGACGAGGAAGAUCACUCUCAAGGCACUAUGACGGCCAGGAGCUCAGGAGACCCGCAGAAACUGGAAGAGCUCAUGGGCCCCAACAUGGCCAGCGUCUACAUCGCCGUAUUCAACCUCGUCGGGUCUCUUGCGAUUGCCUUUUCGUUUGGAUGGAAGCUUGCGCUCCUCGCCUGCUGCGUCGUCAUGCCAGUCAGCAUUGCCACCACGUACUGGCGGUUCAAGUACGAGAUUGAGUUCGACAAGAUGAACAACGAGGUCUUUGCCGAGAGCUCCAAGUUUGCCUCAGAAUCAAUCGGCGCAUUUCGAACCGUCGCAUCGCUCACAUCGGAAGACGCUAUCUGCGAUAGAUUCGAAAAACUCUGCCGAGGACAUGUCGUUACGGCGUUUAACAAGGCUCGAUGGGUCAGCCUGCUGUUCGCGUUUUCCGACAGCUCAUCGUUGGCAUGCCAGACUUUGAUAUUCUAUUACGGCGGCAAGCUCCUGGCCGACGGCGAGUACACGGCCCUGCAGUUCUUCGUCUGCUUCAUGGCAACGAUCCAGUCUGGCGAGGCCGCGGGGCAGGGGCUCAGUUUUGGUCCAAACGCCGCGCAGGUGACGGCUGCGUCGAAUCGUAUCCUGAACAUGAGGGAAUCGCGCCUUCGCGAGACCUAUUCGGAAAAGGAGUCCAUCCCUGACACCCAGGGAGGUAUGAAGAUUGAGCUGGAGAACAUGCACUUCUCGUAUCCCACGCGGGAUGUGCCGGUGUUUCAGGGGCUCAGCCUCACUAUCGAGAAGGGCCAGUUCGCCGCGCUGGUCGGGGCGUCUGGCUGCGGUAAGACGAGUAUUAUCUCGCUUUUGGAAAGAUUCUAUGACCUCGACAAGGGGCGCAUUCUGUGCAAUGGCAAGGACGUUAGCAAAAUCAAUGCCUAUGCCUACCGCAAGCACUUGUCUCUUGUGGCCCAAGAGGCGAAGCUCUUCCAAGGCACCAUAAGGGAGAACGUCCUUCUCGGUGUUGACGACACGGCCGUGACCGACGAGCAGCUCCACCAGGCCUGUCGCGACGCCUCGAUCCACGACUUCAUAGUGUCGCUUCCCGAGGGCUACAACACCAACAUUGGCUCCAAGGGCGUGACAUUGUCGGGUGGGCAGAAGCAGCGGGUGGCUAUCGCCCGUGCCCUCAUCCGAGACCCCGACAUCUUGCUCCUGGACGAGGCCACGAGCUCGCUCGACUCGGAGAGCGAGAAGCUCGUGCAGGCGGCGUUUGAGCGCGCCGGCAAGGGUCGCACGAUGGUGGUGGUGGCGCAUCGCCUGGCGACGGUGCAGAACGCAGACGUCAUCUUCGUGCUCGGCGAGGGCAAGCUCCUCGAGAAGGGCAACCACGCCGAGCUGCUGAGCAAACGGGGCGUCUAUUGGCAAAUGUGCCAAAGCCAAGCCCUCGAUCGUUGAAGCGGACGGGACACGGAAUUGGAAGCACAUGCACGCAUGUGAGAGAGAGACUCUUGAUUGGCGUUUUGGAAAUCACACCUCUAGAAGACAUGAGCAUUGCGCGCCAUCUGGGGACUGUCUAUGUACUAGCAUUUUGGGCACCUAUACUGGUUGAAAUGAGCCUCUCCACUGUCGAGGACGAGAAUAUGACGCUCAAAAACAACAUCUUCGCUUGCUUUUUC